AUGAAGAAAAUCAGACUAGAAAGUGAAGAGGAAGGGGUUCCUAGCACUGCAAUUCGGAAAAUUUCUCUAUUAAAAGAACUUCGCCAUCCAAAUAUAGUCAGUCUUCAAAAUGUGCUUGUGCAGGAUUACAGAUUAUAUCUCAUCUUUGAAUUUCUUUCCAUGGACCUCAAGAAAUACUUGGAUUCUAUCCUUCCUGGUCAGUUCAUGAAUUCUUCACUUGUUAAGAUAACACUCUGGUACAGAUCCCCAGAAGUAUUGUUGGGAUCAGCUCGUGACUCAACUCCAGUUGACAUUUGGAGUUUAGGCACCAUAUUUGCAGAACUAGCAACUAAGAAACCACUUUUCCAUGGGGAUUCAGAAAUUGAUCAACUCUUCAGGAUUUUCAGAGCUUUGGGCACUCCCAAUAAUGAAGUGUGGCCAGAAGUAGAAUCUUUACAGGACUAUAAGAAUACAUUUCCCAAGUGGAAACCAGAAAGUCUAGCGUCCCAUGUCAAAAACUUGGAUGAAAAUGACUUAGAUUUGCUCUCAAAAAUGUUAGUCUAUGAUCCUGCCAAAUGAAUUUCUGGCAAAAUAGCAUUGAAUCAUCCAUAUUUUAAUGAUUUGGACAAUCAGAUUAAGAAGAUGUAACUUUCUGACAAAAAGUUUCCACGUUCCAGAUAG